GCCACUAAAGUAAUUUUAUUACCAUUUUCAGCCAUUGAAGCUAAAACCAAAAGAAAUCACAAAAAGCAAACAUUACAGAUAGCUAUAUAUACAAAAAAAUAGUACUCCGUAAUUGUUUAGUAGUAACAUAUUAGUAUAUGAUUCUUUUUCCUUUGGAAUAUUGAAAUUACAAUUGGAGAUGGAGGAGGAGAAAAAGGUGAAAAGUUUGAAGAGGAAGAGAAUGACUGGGCAAAGCUUUAGAAAGUGGGUAAUACAACAAGCACAACGAAGAAAGUGCUCUGAAAAUGCUAAUAAAAAGGAGGAUCACGUGUCUGAAGAAGAACACCAUGUGACUGAAAGUAACCGUCUCAACGAAGAAGAAACCAUAAAAUAUGCACACAGGGUGGAUGAUCAAAGAGAAAAACACGCUUGUCCAUCAGAGAAAAAUGACAAAAAGGACAUUGAGCCUUUUAGAUCAGAGCUUAGAGUUGACAGGACUGCGAAUUGCAAGGGCUCCAAACAGGAUGAUAAGAUUGAAGGUGAAUCUAAGGACUGUUUAAUCUGCAAGCAGGAGGGAAAUCUAUUAUCCUGUGCUGGACAAGGAUGCAAAAGGAGCUUCCAUCUUUCUUGUGUUGACCCCCCUCUGUCCUAUUUUCCACCUGGACCAUGGCACUGUUAUUGGUGUGUUAGAAGGAAGUUGAAACUAGGUGUUCAUUCUGUGUCUGAAGGAGUAGAUUCCCUUUUGGAUGUCAGAGAGUGUAAUUUGGGUAAUGAAGUUAUGCAAAAGCGGGAGUAUUUAGUAAAGUACAAAGGUCUUGCUCAUGUUCAUAAUCGCUGGAUUACAGAGAAGCAGCUGCUUCUUGAGGCUCCAGCAGCCCUUAGAAGAUUCAAGAAAAAAAACAAGAGUGUAAGUUGGAAAACUGAAUGGAGUCUUCCCCAUCGUUUACUAGACAAGAGGUUGAUAGCAGUUACAGAUCACAACAACACUCACGUGCAUGGGAUUGAUGAAAAUGAUGCAGAUUGCCAUUAUGAGUGGCUUGUGAAAUGGACAGGUCUGGGCUACAGUCAUGCCACAUGGGAAGUGGAGAAUGCUUCAUUUCUAAGGUCGCUUGAGGCGGUCAAACUCAUGACUAAUUAUGAAAUCCGACAUCAGCAGGCUACGAAAGAGUUGCAUCCUUUGACGGAAGAUGAGAAAAGGAAAGCCGACUAUCAAGAACUGCCGAGACCUCUAUUUGGAAGCGCUCCUCAGGUCCAUAAUCAUCUUACUUAUAUCAACACUCUUCGUAAAUAUUGGCAGAAGGGUCAGAGUGCUGUCGUCAUUGAUGACCAGGAGCGGAUUUUGAAGGUGGUCUUAUUUCUAUUAUCCUUGCCCAAGGAUAUUGGUUUGCCUUUUCUCAUAAUCACAACUUCUGCUGAACUUCCUCUUUGGGAAGCUGAGUUCUUACAUUGGGCAUUUUCUGCUAACAUUGUUGUGUACAAAGGUAAUAAAGAUAUACGAGCAAUUAUAAGGACACUCGAGUUUCACAACAAACAAGGUGCCAUUAUGUUUCAGGUUCUUCUGUCACCUUAUGAUGCUAUUGUUGAGGAUCUUGAAAUGCUUCAGCCAAUAAGCUGGGGAGCAGUAAUUAUAGAUCAGUGCCAGGGUUCUGCCAUGUCAAUGCUUCUCUCACAAAUUAAAGUGCUUGUUUCUGAUAUGAGAUUGCUUAUUUUCCGUCAACUAGAGGGUAGAUGUGAUAGAGGGUUCAAUCACAGUAAUGUUCUCUCUUUACUUUAUCCUGAGUAUGACAAGGCCGACAAUGAUCUGUCGUACACUGAUCCCAACAUAGACCUAACUGAAUUCAAGGAAAGGUUAAAGCGCUUUGUUGCAUAUGAGUGCAACUCCUCCACAUCCAAGUUCAUUGAGUACUGGGUUCCAGUCAAACUCUCCAAUGAACAAAUUGAGCAAUACUGCAAUUGCCUCUCUUCGAAUUCAGCUUUGCUUUGCUCACGUUGGAAGAAUGACUCACCAAAUUCCCUCCACAACAUACUUGUAUCUACCAGGAAGUGUUGUGAUCACCCUUAUCUCGAAGACCGGUCUCUGCGAGACAUAGUUCUAGAAGGAAUUCCUGUAGAUCAGCACUUUGAUGCUGAAAUUAAACUAAGUGGAAAAUUGGAAUUCCUCUAUAAGAUUCUUCGUGAGAUCAAACAGCAAGGACAAAGAGUACUCAUUCUUUUUCGGUCUCUUGGUGGCUCGGGGGUUAUUUCCAUCGGGGACAUCUUGGAUGAUUUUAUUCAUCGAAAAUUUGGUGAGGAUUCUUAUACACGCAUUAGUGGGGAAUUCAGUCGUAAAUUGAAGCAAGCUACCUUGAACAAGUUCAACAAUGAGGGAAGUGGGAAAUUUGCUUGUUUGAUGGAGACUCGUGUUUGUGCUCCUAGUGUCAAGCUUUCGAGAAUAGAUACAAUUAUUUUGUUUAACAGUGACUGGGACCCAACAAAUGAUUUAAGAUCCCUGCAGAAGAUUGCAAUUUAUUCAAAAUUGGAGCAAAUAAAGGUACUCCGUCUAUAUUCAUAUUUUACUGUUGAAGAGAAAGCACUCAUUCUUGCAAAGCAAGGUAUGACAAUUGACAGCAACAUAGAGAAUAUAAAACAAUUCCAUGAGCUGCUAACUUGGGGUGCCUCUUUUCUUUUCAAAAUGCUUGAUUGUUUCCAUGUACAAUCUUCACAAUCAAAAAGAUCGUCUGACAUUGCUGCUUUAGAUGAUGUCUUUGCUGAAUUGUUAGGCCUGAUAUCUAGUAAUAGUGAGAACAGUGAUUAUAACAGCUGUUCAAAGAUAUUGAAAGUGCAGCAGAAUGGAGGGACUUAUCCAAGAAACAUAUCUCUACUUGGUGAAGUGGAAAUGCAACUGAUGGAUGAUUCUUCUUUUGUGAGAGGAAUGACGAAUGAAUUUCCCAACGUUUUCUGGACAAGUCUGUUACAUGGAACGGUUCGUAGGUGGAAACACUUGCCUAGACUAUCACAAGGGAUUAGAAGGAAAGUUAGACCCCGGGUUGAUUUGUGUCAGCCAUCCGAAAGGGAACAAGUUUCUGAAAAGAAAGGCAGGAAAGAGGGCAAUAAAGUUCAUCUUACUCCAGAACCCAAGUUAAGGACGAAAAGGAAAUUGCAUGUCCAGGGAAAGAGACUCAAACUUGGGAUGUCUCAUCUUUCUGCUGGUAAUAAGUAUAAAUGCAGGCGUCUUGUGACUAAUCCCAGUCUGCAGUGCGAUAUUGACCGGCAAGGUAGAGCAGCUAUUGACAAGGUUCAGUCCCGAGUUGGCUUAACCAUGACUGAUCAGCAUCGAAAAGAAAGUAUUUCCAUGAAAUCAAAUCAGCUGCCAGAUUCCAAUUUGCCCGCCUCUACUGGCCGUGAUCAAGCUCAUGCAUUUGUGCCCAUUGACAAUCACCAGAGCCAUAGGAAUUGUAUUGAUUCUUCCAGUCACCAGGUUUUAGAUUUCAUGGACCUUCAGCCAGAGGAGUUGAAUUUUCCAAUAGACUCUUCUAUUCAGUGGUCUACAGGAAAUUUGCUACUGCAACAACAUACGAGUACAGGUGCAGGAAACGAUGCGAGUAUGAGAAGCAGAAACAGCCAGGAAUAUCAAUGUCGUCCUGAUGCCUCUCCAGACGCAUCUGAGCUGCUUCAAUCCCCUUGCCCAUACCCACUUCAAAUGGAGAUGGAGAGGAUACUAAAGGAGAGAGAACAAACUACAAAAUUGCAUGAAAAUCUGAAUUUGCUCCUGAUAUCUGAAUAUGAAAAAGAGCUAGAUGCGAUAAAGAAGAAGUAUGAUUUGCUGUUUGAGAUUGCUGACACAGAAUUAGUUCAAAAGCACAAAGACCUUGAUACACUCUACAACAAAGUGCAUAUGAACAAGUUACUAGCUGAAGCCAUGACCCAGAUACAAAAUACUGCUUGGUCACUAGAGAUGACAGAAGGAACUGGACAAUCAUCACCAAGCAGACCUAGUAGAGUCCCGGCAGUGACUGCUGCAUCAACACAACCAGCAAGUCAAUCAUCAAAUAUUCUAAACUAUCCAAGUUUAGUUUCUGAACCUGUCAACUCAGAGCAACGAGCUGCGGACCAUCAAAUAUCCUCUCAGAAUUUUUCAAUGGCUGUCAUUCCAUCUCAAAAUGCUGAAUUGCCUAUAGUGACAGAGUCAGCUGCAGUUCCGCCAACAAGUGCAAGGGUCACCCUGCAAACGACAACCUCUGCUAAUCUGCCGAUAAGUGGUUCACCUAUGACCCCAACACGAAACUUGCAGCCUGUCAUCCUCACACCAUUUUUAUCGACUAGUGUUCCAAGUCAACUCUCGAUCCAAACUUUUAGUUAUGCGGCGAGCCCUGCAACAAGCUGUGUACUAAGGGCACCAGCUCCACAUCUGAGACAUUUUAGACCACUGCCAACAAUGAAUUCUUGGAAUUCCAGCCUGUUGCAGUGGUGACACUGCAUUUUAGUCACCUGGUUUACAGAUUUGGUGAAUCACAAUACUUAGGUUAUCACAGACAAUAUGUUUGGUCAUUUUGCUCUCUCUCUCUCUAUAUGUAUAUAUAUAUAGUGUUACUAGGUUUUUGGUUGAUCUCUAGAAUGGUAGUUUGUCAAAUUUCUAGGAACCCCUGACACCGGAUAACGUUUUCUUUUAGGUUUUAAACUUAGUUGCCUGAGUCCAUUUGUUGCAUAUAGCACUAUACAUGUAAAGUUUUGGCCUUCACCCUUUUGUUUCAAAAGUUAAUAGCUUCAUGCCUAUUGAAUAUUUGGUCUAACAGGCAUGAAAUUGCAUGUUUUGUACAGAAUUUUGCUGAAAUACUGUCAGAGAAAAGCAU